GAUCGGAGUUUUUUCCUUCCUCCACCUGGUCUGCUCUUCAUGUGCCAAGAUAGGCCACCUCAGGUGAGUGAGCUAGGCCAGGUGGGGACAGCACGCCCCCUGCAGGAGAUCGUCACUAUUGUGACAUCACAACUGUCACAGAUCAUUGUCUAAUAUUCUGCACUCCGUACCGGACGUGUCUAGAUUGACGAUCCAUCUACAAUUCUAUCAAAGAGCAUAACAAUAGACAGCGAUCACUCACCAAUUCAGUUCACACCUCCCUGAAGCUGCUGCUCCAACAGGGAUCCAAGUUCCUGUUCCUGGGCCUGUACCAUCUGAGCCCAUGGGGGGCAGUAAGCGUAAGGGGAAGAAGAGAGCUCCUUGGUGGAGGCGUGGCAAGAAACCUGGCAAGGGGUUGGUUGCUGCAAAGUCUGGGGUGGAUGGGCAUGUUGAGUCAGCGGAGCUGUCUCAUCCUACAACCAGGGAACCGAAAAGGUCUAGCCAGACACCAUCCGGAGUGGUUGGACCUGACCCCAAAAGGGCCAGGAAAGAUCACUCCGAGAUGCAAUGUGUGGUCCCUGGGUGUGGGGUGAAAUUCAAUGAGCAGAUGCUCAGGCAGCAUUCGCUGGGGCUGCAUGUCCCGUCUAUCUUUGAUGAGCGCGCCAAUCCUGAGCCCAACAUCUUGGGUGUAAUGGUUAAAGCACUGGAGAUGCUUACUUUCUUCAUUUUUGGUUUUAAAAAAGAACUGGACACUUUAUACCAGUUCAUUUCGGCUCUUCCAGAUAAAUUAAAUUUAGCCCAUGGCACUUUUUCUUCAAUCCAAAUUACUGCCAUGGAAAAUUUCUGUAAAUUUCUCAAUAAACCGGUCCCAGUGCGUUUCACCUUAUACCCAGCUAACUCUGUCGGGGUCCUGGUGGAUUGGAGAGUCCUGACACAGCUGUCUGCUUCUAUAACGGAGCAGCAGAGGUCGUUGUGGAUUCAAGGGUUCACCAGGCCAGAAACUUGUCUGGAGGCGGGGGAACAAAGUAAGUCAGGGAGGCAAGCUUUCGAUAGUCACUAUCAUCUAGAUAGAACCCUGGCUGCCUUUGGUCUUCCAUACUCUGGCAAGUUAGAGGGUCUUAAGGGUUUGCUUCCUGUUUGCUCUGGGAAAGAGGUAGAGUUGGUGGGAACUGUAGCUAUUUACUGCGAUCCCAAGACAUAUCCUACUAAGGGGUAUCUUUCCACUCUGUCUGGGAUCGAGUAUGUAGCUAUUGGUUUUCACCCGAGGCUAGCCGGCAAGCUUUCUCAGGGCAAUCUGGACCAGGCAAUUAAGGCUUUCUCAGAGUUGGUUAAGAUGCCGCUAGUAACAGCUUUUGGCGAGGUAGGUUUCGACCACACUGAAGCCAUGUCUAAAUGGCAGGAUCAGGUUGAGUUGCUCCACAGACUUCUGCCUUUUCUAGAGGCCAGGCAUGUCCUGGUUGUGCACUGUAGGGGAGUGAGGGGAGACUCUGGAGACUGUGAGUUCGCCAUAAGAUCUCUUUUGUUUCAUCUGAAACUGUGUGGCGUUCCGCAGUCCCAGAGGAUCCAUUUUCACUGCUUUACAGGCACUAAGGCCCUUCUCGAAAUUUGGGGAAGGCAGCAACCAAAUACCUUUUUCGGUUUCACCCGGGUUGCUGCCACCUUUAACAAACACCAGUUGGCAGCACUUAGGGCGGUGCCCGACUCCAAACUUCUUUUGGAGUCGGAUGCCCCCUAUUUCGCUCGCAAAAAGGGGGGCCAUUCAACACCCUUUAUUCUCUAUGAAACGGCAGAGAUAUUGGCGGGGCACAGAGGGGUGGAUGUCUCUCAUAUUUUAAAAAUCACUACACAAAAUGGUACUUCCUUGUAUAAAAGGGAGUAACCAGGAAUUUGGAAAAUAAUAUUGAAAAUAUGACAAAAUUACUUUUUUUUUGGACAAUUUAAAAAUUUCUAGAAAAUUAUGAAAACUAUUUUUUCUUAGUACUUACUAAAUUCAAAUUUCACUGAAGCCCCUCUCCUCUUCCUGAUCCGGGAGAUCAUCGGAGCUAUGAAAGUUACCAUCAGUGGGCCCCU